ACUUAAUGGCUCGCUUAGCAGCAGUAGGCGUGUUGAUGAGGCCAAAAUGCUCCUCCCAGUCGACUUGGUCACAAAGGAAGUACCUUCAUGCUGCCAAGUCAAAGCUUGCUAAAGCCACGGAUUUUCAACCUGUCCCACAGUCGUAUACCAAUCCAGUAGAUCGAUUGCAGCCCCACGUCCAAGUGCCAAUCAUUCCUGAUUCAGAGUAUGGAUUUCAACCUUCAAGGGAGGAAAUUCAAGAUGGGGCAUCUUUGUUCGAACCAAAAAACACAGAAGGCGAGAUGUUCAAAUUUCUCGGAUCUUGGCCAAAUCCUCACAUUAUGCCAAAAUCUGAUGUGCCUGAGGUGGCAUUUAUCGGAAAGAGCAAUGUUGGCAAGUCUUCGCUGCUGGCUGCAAUCUUUACCCUGAUACCUUCUCUCAAAGUCAGAACUUCCUCAAAGCCAGGCCAUACAAAAUUGAUGAAUGUGUUCAAUGUAAACGACUGUUUUCACCUAGUGGACAUGCCAGGCUAUGGGUUCAAUAUGCCGGACCACUUUGAAACUAGUGUGGAAGCAUACCUCAAGGCUAGACGGAAUUUGCAGAGGGUAUUUAUGCUGGUAGAUGCGGAUACUGGUCCUACUGAAGUGGACUAUUUAGCUGUUGAAAUGAUGGAGGAGGCAUCCAAACCAUAUGUUAUGGUGCUUACCAAAAUAGAUCUUGCAAAACAAGGAACAUUGAUAAGAAAUCUAAUGGCUGUGUUGAAAUUCAGAGACUCCUCGAAAGCCCACAGUUGCUUUCCUCAACCUUUCCUUGUGAGCUCCCAUUCAGGUGAGGGAGUGGCAUUCCUUCAGACGUUUAUCGCUUACAUCACUGGCCACCUGAACAUCAAGUCUUUGUCUGGUGCGUCGUGACUCCUGUUGCUGUUCAUGAAGAAUUUGUUGCACAAUUUACAGAUAUUGUUUUGGAGUUUUAUGCGUAUCUUGUGCAAAUAAAUUUUUUAUGAUA